AUAAUAUAAUGUACUGUAUAAACGAUACUCUCUACCUAGAGGAAUCAGCCUCGAAUUCCUGGAAUAUCUCUGAACUGAGCCGGAAUGACACAUUUUGUAAGGGUGUUUACACGUUUAUCAGAUACACUUCUGCACCACUGGGCCUGGCUAUCAUCUUCAUCAACAUCUUAGCUUUCAAAGCUAUAAGCAAUGUUAUGAGAUCACAUCUAUCGUUUGGAGGAAACGCUGUAACUCUAAAAGGGAUCACCUUUUUUGACGUGAUGAACGGAUGUUUUCUGUUAAUAUACUUCGUUGAGACUGCUAUGGGCAGCUUUUUGAAAGGUAGCGGCAGCGGUACUGGAAAAUAUUUCUGGAAAGCAGAGGUGUGGUGUUCGUGGCUGUGCAUAUACUCAUCCGUCCUAUUCCGUCUCUACCUUUGCUGCCAGCGUCUCUACAGUUACGGAAUGCUCCUCGUCACUGCUCAAAACACCCAUCUCAUUCCUGAGUCUAGGAGGAAAUCCUACAAAGUAUGUUGUGCUCUGUUUAUCGUUGCAAACAUCGAGCUAGCAACUGUCCUUCUGACCAAACACCCUUGGUACAACUUCUUCAAGGAUAGAGGGAUGUACACAAUUCCUUUUCUGCUCAUCCAGGACGUAGCGGUCGUUCUAGUGAGUCUCCUCUCAAUUGUUGUCCUUGUUUCUUCCACUUCACGAUCGUACAGCAACGUUCUCGUGUCAUCUGCCGUUCUUCCGCUCUGUCUGAUUUCAGUCUCUUCAGUGAUCACUAAUCUAGCUACUUUUUACGGUGACGUUCUAUGUCUGUCAAGGUCUAUAGAGGUCACGAAUCAUUUUUUACUUACAAUGAAACCAGAAUGUUUUAUACCAUUGGCAAAAGCCUUGACGUACUUCGAUUCUCUAUUUUUCCCGAUUAUUUUGUUUUAUACGAGUGCAAACCUAAGAAAGAGCCUUGAGCAAGUUGUAUGUGGCGUUCAGCCAGUUAGUCAGCCACUUGUACAAUAAUCUCUCAAUUUAUGUUCCUACCGAUUAGGUUUCAGUGAAAUCGACAGUUUAAAUUUGACGAUUUGUGACUUCGCUUAGACAGACUAUUUAGUAUUUGAGAUCGAAUAACGAUAAAAAACAGUGCUUGAAGUAUCAACAAUACAAUUGUAAUUUCACGUGUUGGCUGCUUUGCUUGGGAGUAAACUUGUUAUUAAUAACCUACUUGAAAAAGUAAGUAAGCAUCAGUAGCACAAACACCCAUCUUAUCGGUCUCCGGAGGACCACUUUCAUCUGUAAAAUUGAUCAUUUACUGAUACUAUAUCAUUUUAAAUCUUGAAUGAUAAUAAUAAUAUUCAUGUCUCUAGAUUUCUGAUUCCACAGCUCCCAUUUUAUUGUUUGAAAUUGUCACAAGAACUCGUGUUUUGUUA